AUGCAUCACGCAAUCGGCUGGAGUACAGAUUGCGGGAGGAAGUCCGCCGAGCCGUGCAAGAUAUCCUUCCAUAUUCGCAUGAUUUACUCGUGGGAUUUGCUUGUAUUCAUGGCUCUCAUGGGCCAGGCGACCGCAGUGCCCACCUCCCCUGCGUCGCCCCUGAUGAAAAGAAGUGUCACAUGCCUCACAGUCGGUGCGUCGGCAACAGCGACGUGGACGAAUGCAGCAGGACAAAGCUGCUCGUUUGUCGGAGUAGUCGGAAGUAAUUACGGCACGAACGCGGCGGGCGGAGAUUACUCAUGCAACGGCCGAUGCGGAAGUGGUUGCUCAGGAGUGGGGCUUGGAAACAUUUACAGUCAGGAUUGUUUCUCACACGAUAUUUGCUCGUACUUCAACGAUGCCACGGGAGGCGCCAGUGACCCGAACUGUGGUGCGGCGUACAAGGCUGCGGAGGACGAUUACUUGCUGGGUCUCGCGAACGGCUGCUCGAAGACAAAUCCGACAAACGCGGCGGUUGCACCGAGCACGACGCCGAAGUGCAGUUGA